AUGCGCGUGCUGCAUCUCGUGCUGGCCAUUGUGGUCACCUUCGUGGCUAUCAACCGUGGUGCCGUAAUCGCUGCCAAGACCGCGUUGAGAUCGGAUUCGCUCGACUUCACGGCGCUCAGAGACAACAUAGGACGUGAUGAUACCGAAUUGGAAGAAAGGAGAGGCGGACGAGGCGGUGAGGGCGGAGGAGGCGGUGGCGGUGGCGGUGGCGGUGGCGGGGGCGGUGGCCGCGGAGGAGGUGGCCGCGGGGGAGGUGGAGGUGGAGGCGGAGUGGGUGGGGGUGGGGAAAAAAGAGUGUAUCGCCCAGUAGCAGGAGGCCAUGGAGGAGGUGGAGGCAAUGAGGGUGACGAACGUGUCCCUUUGCCACCUGGGUGCUACGUGGGUCCAGAAUUCGGCGGACCCCAUGGUGACGACUUCACAGACGCGUUCUUGGUUAAGUCUGGAUAA